CGGAAAUUAUUGUCAAAAGAAUUUUUUUUCUUUCUAUACAUUUUUGCGAGUACCUGUCAUUUUUUAAUUAAAAUAUAAUAAAAAAAUGACUGUUAAUUAAAUUAGAGUAAAUUUAAUAAAAUUAGAAGGAAAUUGACAGAAGGCAAAUGCAAAUGAUGCGAAAAGGAAAAAAAAUUCUAACCUUCAAUGUACGAUAAAUAAUCUUUUUGCAAUAUUUGCAACAAUUAAAGAAACAAAAGAAUAGCUAAAAUAUUAAUUUUCUUUUUCAAUUAGUGAAUUAGUGUAAUAAUGAAAGAAUUCGUGUAAAGUGUUUUCUGUUCUGUACUUUUUUUUCGCAAUGGCUACAAAGAAAUUUGAGAAUGUUAUCUCUGAUAACAUGGAUUGUGAGAUAAGACCUGGAGCAUCUUCAGAGACUAUGUUAGUUACAACUGAUAAUUACGAAGAUUAUGAGCAAGCAAUGACAAGUAGUAAAAAUGAAACACAAAGUAAUGAACAAUCAACCAAUACAAUUAAAACACUGCAGAAAGACAGUAAGGAUAAUUCUUGUGAGGAUUUAACUGAACAAUUGAGUCAAAAUUGCAUUGAAACUGUUGAUCCUUUGACUUGUAAAGUGUGGCUUUCACGUAAAAAACACAUAUUUGUCUUGAGCCAAGCUGGAAAGCCAAUUUAUUCGCGAUACAGUUCGGAAGAUAAAUUAGUAACCGUGAUGGGAGUAAUGCAAGCUCUGGUAUCAUUUGUUCAAGCAAGUGACGAUAUGAUUAGGUCAGUGCAUGCAGGAGAUACUUGUUUUGUUUUCGCUACUAAAGGACCAUUGAUAUUAGUUGCUGUCUCCAAAACAUUAGAAAGUGUCUCACAAGUUGUUUUACAAUUAACAUAUGUUUAUAAUCAAAUACUGUCAGUAUUGACACAGAAACAAUUAACGAAAGUCUAUGAUCAAAGGAGAAAUUUUGAUUUGAGACGACUUUUGUCUGGUAGUGAGAGAUUGAUAGAUCAUUUAUUAAAUUUUAUGGACAGAGAGCCGGCAUUCUUUUUAGGAGCUGUUAAAUGUUUACCAAUAUUACCAUCAAUACGAGAUUUAAUAACACAAACCAUCAUUCAAAUUUGUGGAAAAAUUAAAGAUUUAGUGUUUGCAAUACUUUUAGCGAAUAAUCAAUUGGUAACGUUGGUGAGAAUGAAAAAAUGUUUUAUUCAUCCAGCGGAUUUGCAUUUGAUACAAAAUUUAGUGAGUAGUUCGGAGUCAUUUAAAACGGCCGAGAGUUGGACACCAAUUUGUUUACCAAAAUUUGAUGCCAAUGGCUUUAUGCACGGUCAUGUAUCAUAUUUAUCAGAAGACUGUCAGGCUUGUUUAUUAUUGCUCACCGUAGAUAGAGAUGUAUUCUUUACUUUAUCCGAGGCGAAAAAAAAAAUAAUGGAAAAAUUACGAAGAACAAAUUGUUUAGAAGCAAUAAAUGAAUCAAUGAAUAAAAUGUCAAUAACAACUGCCGAAAUCGGUUUACCUGAGAUUCGUCACAUUCUUUAUAAAUGCAGAACCACGGCGCAAUUUUGGAGUCCUGGUUUUCAGCCCCCUUACAAUUCCGAUGAGGAAAUCGAAAGGCUACUUGGUUCGUAUCAAUGUUUACAUCACAGAUUGCACACUUCCAGUCGUCCCUUGAAGUUAAUUUUUCAACAAUUUGACAAAGAAACUAUGCUGGCUUGGGUUACAUCCGGUUUUGAACUUUACGCUACGUUUGGACCUCUAGUUACAAAACCCGAUGCCAUCAAUGCAAUUAGUAAAAUGUUAAAAUGGAUAAAAAAAGAAGAGGAUCGAUUAUUCAUUCUAAAUCCACCGACAUUUUAAAAAAACAAAAAAAUUAGUAAGGUUAGGAAUAACAGCAUAAAGUGCAAUACAUAAAUAUUACGUGGCAGGACUUUUAAACUUGAGUGCAAUUCACAGUGACGAAAGAUGUGUUGUUCUGCUUUCUGAUUGGUCGAUAGCAGCCCACCUAGA